AUGAAGUCUUUAAGAUUAUUUAACAGGAGGUUGAGAUAUUUUAGUAGCUUGUCUACAAAUAAAAGGAAAUGGCAAGAUUUAAGUUAUUUCUUGACAAAUGAUAGAGAUACAUCUUAUUGGCGAGAGUUGACUUCUAAAAUUAAUGAAGCAGAGAAGUUAAUCCAGAUGGAGGAAGGGAAAGUAUUCAAACCAAUUGAUUGGGCUGACUGGAACGAAAAAAUAAGUAACAAGGAGCUCCUAUCAUGUAUGAAAAACUUUUAUGAUAACCAAAUGAAGAUGCUUCAAGAACUGGGAAGGGAAAAGGAGGAGGGGAAUUUAAAAGAAGGUGAGGAAGAAAAAAUAUUUGAAGAUGCCUUAAAGAAUUGUAAAGAAUCUGAAGAAAAUUCUAAAAAAUUAUUAGUAGAUGGAGCAAAAAGCUUGUGGAUAAAUUUUCAUAACCCUAAUGUAUCAAAUAUUGAUAAUAAUGAAUGGUUAGAUAGCGAUUUAUAUUGGCAAUCUUUUAUUGAAAAGCAUUCUAUAUAUAAUUUGAAUAAUAAAAAUAUAAAUCCAGAAGAUGAUGAAAAUUGUAUAUUUGAAAAAAAUGAAUGGCAUAGGAAAACAAAAAAAUUUAAUGAGAGAAGUGAUACACCUAUAUUAUAUGAUUAUAUGAUAAAUUUACCAUUUUGGGAGUAUUAUGAUAUUAAUAGAAGAUUUUUUUUUGAAAAUAUGUUAUAUUUUUUAUUAAGGACAGGUUUAAAUUUUCGUUUUUUUCCAGAAAUAUAUAAUUGGAAAUGGCUAGCACAUAUAGAAGAUUUACGUUAUCAAUAUUUAAAUAUAUCUCAAUUAAGAAGGAAAACAUAUCAACUAAAAACUGUUAAAAGACAAGUUCCUUUAGAGUUGCAACCAUUAGAUUAUGAGAAUAAAGGAGAAGAAUUUCAUCUGAAAUUAUUAAAUCAUUUUAAAGAAUAUCAAAAUUUAGUAUUGGCAAGAUUAAUGUCAAAUUAUAUUUUUUUAUGUGAUCCAUAUAUACCUAUUCAGACAAGUGAAUCAUUGAAAGGAGUACUUGAUCGUUUCAAGCGUGGAAAGUUGUAUAAGUUAGUCUCACAUAAAAAUGCAAAUACAAAAGAAGUGGGUCACACAAAGGGGGGUAUUACUGCCCACAUUGACAAUAACAAUAAUAACAAUAAUAAUAGUAAUAAUGAUGAUGAUGGUGAUUGUUUGGUUAAGUGCUUGUUUUUUUUACCAGAUGAAGAUUUUAUAGAUACACAAAAGAAUGAAACAAAAGAUAAUAAUAGCAAAUGUUCUAAUAUAUAUAAACCAUUAGAUGCUUUGAAAAAUUUUUAUUCUUAUUUAAAAAAAGAAAAUAUCAAAUUAAAUGAUUCAUAUAGUGAAAUGUUAAAUAUAUUUACACAAAUUAUUCAAGAAAGAGGAGAAUAUUGGUUACAUAUACCUAAUGAAAAAAUCACAGAUACCUUUCUAAGAAGAUAUAAUAAAGAUGAUUCAUUAUAUCCUAUGUUUGUUCAAUAUUGUAAUGAAUUAAAUGAAGCUUUCUUAAAUAAAGUUGAAAUACCUCCACAAGAUUAUAAUAAAGAAAUUUCUCAUAUUGAAAAAAUAUACAAUGAAGAAUGUCGUUUUUUUCAUACCUUUAUGAAUUCAUUCUUAACACAUGAUGACAAUUUAAAUCUAUCUUUUCAACAAACAAAUUCUUUCGAUCUAUUAAAAAUGAAUGAAAAACAAAUUGAUGAUCUAAUAAAAAAUGGAAACUUAAUAUUAAUGGAUGAACAAACAAAUGAAAAAAUAACUGAGCCAAAAAGGGCUUUGGAAUAUUUAAAACAUAAGGAAAUGCAAAAACAUCAAAUAAGAGAAUUUGUUAAAUCGAUACCUCUAUGA